UCGUCUAAUGUGUCUUCCUUUUAUACAGCAUUUGUAAUUAAAAGGGACUAAAACUUGAAGAUCAACAGCAAGAGAAUUCACUUCAAUGGAUACUUAUGUCAGAUUUUGUGCUUUAGUUGUUUCUAUAUCUCUGGCUUUGAAUUGCCUGGGAUCUGUUGCUCAACUUUUGCCUGAAGAAGAAGUAAAUGUUCUGAAAACAAUAUCAUCGAAACUUCAGAACAAAUAUUGGAACGGCAUCAGCAGAGCUUCUUGCAGAGAGGGGAAAGGUUUCAACAAGACUGUUUAUGAUAAAAUCUUCAGCAACGUAACGUGUGACUGCUCAUUCAAUAGCAACUCAAUUUGCCAUGUUGUAAUAAUCCAAUUGAAGGGUCUCAGUAUGACAGGAAUUCUGCCUCCAGAAUUUGCAGAGCUUACUCAUCUGCGAGAAUUAGAUUUGUCUCGCAAUUACUUAAAUGGAUCGAUUCCCUCAAGCUAUGGAAAACUUCGCGUCACUAUUCUGUCACUCCUGGGUAACCGUAUCAGUGGGCCGAUUCCCAAGGAAUUAGGUGACAUUGAAACACUGGAAGAACUAAAUUUGGAAAAUAAUCUACUUGAAGGACCUCUUCCUACAAACCUUGGUAGUUUGAGCCGCCUGAGAAAAAUGUAAGACAUAGUAACCAGAUAUUCGAUGUCUAAUAUUUACUUAUUGCUUCUG